AUGGAAUCCCCGAUUAACCCUGCCGUGUGGAAGUUCCUCUUCCACGGCACUGUAGCGACCCUCUCCGCCGCGUCUCUGUUCUCGCUGUACCACCAGCGCUACGACGUCGCCUCAUCCCUCAACGCGUUAUUCAAGAACCUCCGCGCGGCCAAGACAAACGAGGAAAACGCCACCGCCAUCGAGGCGAUUCUCGUGAAGCUAAAGGAGGAGGCGGCACAGAAGAAGGACGUGCUGCGCCUCUCGGCGCUGCGCCACGGUGGCGAGCUGGUGCGCCUCGCCGCGCUUAGCAAGGACGGCGCCAACGCGGACACCGUGAGCGCGGCUCUCAAGGCGGUGGUGCGCGUAUUCAGCACCGGCGGCUGCCGCAAACUGCAGAUGCUGGGUGGCUACCGCACAUUACUCACAACACUGAGCGAGGCCCACCGGCAGGGCAGGCAGGAGCUCAUGGAGGAGACGGCGCACGCGCUUUUCGUCCUCACGCAGGUGGACGACGCGGAGGUGGUGCUCGAGACGGACGUGCCGCCGGGCGCGGAGGGAGCCUAUGCGCUCGCUGGCAUGCCGGCGACGGUGAAGAUGCUGCGCGUGCUUGACCCGCAGAGCCCCGUUCUGUUCCUCAACGCCCUCACCGGCAUCUUUGCGAACGUGUGCACGCUGCGUGUCGGCGCGCUGGCGGUAGGGCGCGGCAUCGAGGGGCGCGGCGGCAUGUCGUACUUCCUGUGCCUGCUGGAGCACGGCAACCAGGGUGUGGUCGAGCACUGCGCCCUCGCCAUCCGCUACCUUGCGCGGGCCGGGCUUGGCCACGAGGAACUCGCCGAGGAGGCCAAUUUGCAGCGCCUCGCUGAGAACUUCAGCGUGAACGGCGAUCCGCGCAUCACGAACUCCAUCCUCACUGUUGUCUUAAUCAUGUUCGACAGCAAGCACGGUGAGAAAUUCUUUACGAACCUGGCGGAGAAGACAGACAUCAUCCCUAGCAUGUUUGAAAUUUGGUGCCGAGCCUCGGAGAAAACACUGCGUGACCGCUCGGAGGUGUUGGUGCAGCUCCUCGCCCGCGUGCCGCAGUGCACUGCCGCGGUACAGCGGUACCUUGAGCGUUACCGUUCCCAGAUUGCUGAGCGCCGCGCGAAGGAUGAGGAGGCGCGACGCAAGCAGAUGCAGCAGAUGCGACAAAACCAAAUGAUGCAGCAAAUGAUGAUGGAGAACAUGGGCAUGGGAGGCGGCAUGGACCUUUCGGCCCUGAUGGGUGAAUAG